AUGUUUGAAUCAAGAAGCAGGGGCAAAGCUAGGUCUUCAAAUGAACAAGGAAGCAAGAAGAAGAAUGCAUGCGUGAGUGUAUGGAGUGAAGAAGAUGAUGUGUCACUUUUGAAGGGCAUGAUUGAUUAUGAGGUGCAGAAUCAAGCCAGCCCUUAUGAUGAUUUGGGUAAGUUUCUUGAUUUUGUUAAGCCCUGUCUUCAUUUGGAUGUUCAGAGAAAGCAACUUACUGAUAAGCUUUGGAAAUUGAGGAAGAAGUUUGUUAAUUCUAGUUAUGAUCUCUCCAAAGCCCACCAUGCAAAGUUGUUUGAGCUUGCCAAAUUGAUCAAGUCAUGGGGGCAUGGUGAGAAUGUUAGUGUUGAUUGUGGUAAGGGGGAGAAUGUUGUUAGUGGUGAUGAUGGGAAUGGUAGAAAGGAUAAGAAUUCGAAAGUAGGUAGAAAUAAGCAAAGGGGGGAGCUUGUUGCUGAUGGUGGUCUGAAUGGUGAAAAGGGUAAUGUCGGUGUAGAUGGGGAUGCUGGUGUUAAUAUGGGUACGGAAGUAGUUAUGAAAAAGAAGAAGUUUGUGAAUGAGGAUGGUCAAAUUGUUAAGGAAAAUGAAGGGGUUUCAGGUGUUGUUAAGAGCGGGAAGAAGUCGAAAGUAGGUAGAAAGAAACAAAAUGAGGAACUUGUCGCCGAUGAUGGUCAGAUUGGGGAGAAGGAUGACGCGGGUAUGGAUGAUGAUGGUCACGUUAAUAUGGGUAUGGAAGUAGUUAAGCAAAAGAGGAAAUUUGCGAAUGAGGAUGGUCAAAUUGUUAAGGAAAAUGAAGGGAUUUCAGGUGUUGUUAAGAGCGGGAAGAAGUCGAAAGUAGAUAGAAAGAAACAAAAGGAGGAACUUGUCGCCAAUGAUGGUCAAAUUGGUGAGAAGGAUAACGUGGGUAUGGAUGAUGAUGUUCACGUUAAUACGGGAAUGAAAGUAUUUAAGCAAAAGAGGAAAUUUGUGAAUGGGGACGGCCAGGAGAUUGAUGAGAUUUCAGGUGUUGUUAAGGGCAGAAAGAGUUCAAAAGAUUUGGAAGAGUUGACAUGCAUGUAUCCGCAAUUAAUUAAAGGGCUCAAGUUGGAAACACUAUCUAGGAUGCCACAAAAUUUGAAGGAUAACUGUGUGGUAGACACAAUCAAUUUCAUGGGAAAGGAAAAGGCAAAUGAGUUGGAAGAAAAAUGGACUGAUUUGCGCGUAAUGGAGCUUGGAUUGCAAGCUAAGAAGUUGGAUUUGGCAAAAACGCAUAUCAAUCUGAUUUUUGAGGCAGCGCGCAGAUAA